AUGGAUACAACACAUGGGGACAAGUCCCUGAACAGGGCCGACGAGGUCGAACAUCUCAUUGAUGCCGUAAAAGCACUGAUAGUCCCCUUCGUUCGGGAGGCGGAUGAAGCAAUCCCGUCCAGGGCGGCCGGGGAGCUUCUCCCGAACGCGCAGGGGGUUGUCAAGAAUACCCUUGUCUACGCCCAGAGACCCGAGGACUUGGUCCGGGAACUAGCCUUUAACCUCCCCGAAGGGAAAGGCCGGGGUGAAGAGGGCUUGCUUGAGACUAUCAAGGAUGUCCUCAAGUAUAGCGUCAAUACGUGGGACCAGGGGUUCCUGGACAAGCUGGUUGGCGUAGCUUCUGAGCUCCUUCUGGCCGCUCUGAACACAAAUAGUGCAAAUCCCCAAAGCAACAACGGUGCCCCCGGCCCCCUCAUCCUUUACACCAGCGUCCACGGUCACUACUCAGUUGAAAAAGCCGCCGUGACCUGCGGCCUGGGCUCCGCCUCGGUCUGGACCGUCCCCGUCGACGCCACAGGCCGGAUGGACCCCUCGGCCCUGCGCGCCCUCAUCCAACGCGCCCAAUCCGAGGGCAAGACACCGCUCUACGUCAACGCCACGGCCGGCUCGACCGUGUUGGGCUCCUACGACCCCUUCGAGGCCAUCGCCGACAUCUGCGCCGAGUUCAACCUCUGGAUGCACAUCGACGCGAGCUGGGGCGGGCCGGCCAUCUUCUCGCCCACGCACCGCCGCAAGCUCGCCGGCUCCCACCGCGCCCACUCCCUCACCUCCAACCCGCACAAGAUGCUCAACGUCCCCGUCACCUGCUCCUUCCUCCUCGGCCCGGACACCGCCGUCUUCCACCGCGCCAACACCCUCCCCGCCGGCUACCUCUUCCAUACCACCACCACCACCACCACCACCACCACCACCACAACCUCCGAACCCACGCCAUGCAUUCCGAGGUUAAAAUGA